GCAGGUGGCGGCGCCGUGCUGGGAGUGGAUGCGCCAAGCCGCACCUGGCUUGACGCCGCCACAGACAACCCAAUCUGCCUUGCCUGGUUGCCCUGGUGAAGCGGAGGGUGGUCAAGGUCCUGGUCAGACUGCUCAGGACGGGGCGGCCAGUUUGGUGGGCGCGGAGGGCAGCGGUGGCGGAGCACGCAGCGUCGAGUAUAAGGCCCUGGAAGACGAGUUCGAGAAGUUCAUGCAGGGCCUUAUGUCGGAAAGCGCGUUACUGGAGCCGCCCGGCCUGGAGUUGGACGAGCAUGAGCUGUACGGCGGUACGGAUGACGGGGCGGGAAGUCGUGAUCAGGGUGCGGCGGCUGCUGGUGCUGCAGUAGCUGUCUCGGCAGGGGUUGCCCCUUUUGCAAGAGACGCCGCUGCGGCUGCUACGGCUCCUAGACCUGGCGACAGUCGUAUUGGUACGGCGGCUUCGCAAGCGGCACCCACGGCGGUGCCGCAGGUGGCGGCGGCGCCUCCGCCGCCUCCGCUCCCGGGCUUGCAGCGUCUACUGUCGGAAACCGCCACGUCAGCCCACCUUACUCGUGCCGUACGGUCCGGCGACGCGGAAGCCGUACUGCAAGCGCGCUGCCUCACGACGGCGCUGCUCGUGGCGGGGCCGGGCGCGGCGGCGGAGUGGCUGCUGCUGCGGCCCGCUGCCCUGCACGACCUGCUAGCAGGGCUCUUCCGCUGCUUUGCGUUCGAUCGAAACGCCGCCACCCUCAUCUUGCACCUGCGCGGGGAGGCAGGCGCGUAUGCUCCUGUGGUGGCGGAGGCGGUUGCCCCCGUCGCGCCUGUAGGGCCCGCCAGCGCCACCACGGCGUCGGAGUCGGCGCCGUCAGCAGCGCUUGGGAACGUUGGGAAGUCGGCAGGGACGGCGGCAGCUGCCGCCGCCACCGCCAUGGCCGGCGGUACGGCAGCGGCGGCAGAGCUUCCCCGCAUGCCGCUGGGCCUGCUUUACCUGGCCUCGCAACGCUCGUACGCGGCGGUUGCGGCGGUGGCCAGAACCAUGGGUCGGCUAGCCCGGGCGGCUGACGUCAGCACUGCGACGACGUCAAGCAGCAGCGGCGUCGCGCUGUGGCGGCUGGUGGACGAGCUGGUGUCGGGGCUGCGACUAGCGUCGCGCGGUGGCGGCGACGCUUCGGCUUCGGGGCUGGCGACUGGCGGUAGCUGCGGGGGCCAGGUCCUGGAGGGAUCGGACUCGGAGGGCGAAGGUGCCGGGGAAGCGGGCGCAUCCGUACGGCCAGCGGCGGCGGCGGCGGUAGCGACAAUGGGAGGGCCCAGCUGGCAGUGUGAAGCGGCGGCGGUGGUGGCAAUCAUAGCUGAAGUGGUGAUUGGCGCGUCCAACGCCUGGGCUCCUCCGCUGGAGCCUGAGGCGACCACGCCGUCCCCUUCCGGGCCCCCGCAACCCUCCUCUUUGUCCUCACAGCAACCAUCAACGGCUUCAGCGGUUACGUCGGCCUUCCCUGCAACCGAUUCCGCUUUCGAGUCCCUCCUGUUAACCCUCCUGGACGAGCUCAUGCGGCCCAGGAUCAUCAAGCUCUGCACGCACAACAACGCAAGCAGCACCACCGACGACAUCUCAGCAGCCGCUAGCAGCAGCCACAAUGCUGCGCCAGCCACGUCACCAGCGCCUCUGUCGUACGACGAUGUCGUACAUCCGGAACUGACAGUUGUACGGCAGCGGCCCCUGUCGGCGCAGGCGCUGGGGGAGAACGUGAUGCUGCUGCGGGUGGUGUUGGAGGCGGUGGGGACGGCGGCGCGCGCUGUAGGGCGGCGCUUCACCUCCCCGGGUCGGCUGCUGCGACGGGUGCUGGUGCCGCUGCUGGAACUGCUAGGGGACCCGGCGCCGCCUGUAGCAGCCGCUGCGGAUACGGCGCUGCAAUCA